CCGUCUCUCAGCGGCCAUACGGUCGCGCUCUUUCAAUCACAAGGUCUACAGACAUUUGACUCUAUGCUGUCAUCCCUACGCUCCUGCAGAGGAGGACCAAAACUCUGGGGCAAAAAAAGAUGGACGAAAGAUGCUAUAUUUUGUUUCCGACGCGUGGAGUCGAGCGCAGCCCCGCCAUCGCAAAGAUUCAAGGCGAAGCAAGAUCGAUGGAUCACGCCUACUAUGGUUCUUAUUGGAGCUAUCCCAGUCUUCGCAUUCUAUCUUGGGACAUGGCAGGUGGAACGCCUUAAGUGGAAGGUUGCCCUCGUUGAUGAGCUGGAGGAGAAGCUUCAAAGGGAACCCAUUUCGCUCCCCAAGCGAGUAAAUCUCUCAGCUGUCCCAGAUUUUGCGUACCGCAAGGUCAUUCUCAAGGGCCGUUGGGAUAUUGAACAUGCGAUAUUAUUAGGUCCUCGAGUGAAAGAUGGUGCUAAUGGUUACCACUUGGUCGUGCCACUGGUACGUCAAGAUGGAUCCACUGUGCUGGUAGACCGUGGCUUCGUGAAGAAGGAGCUUGCCGACGCUGCGAAACGUCAUUUGGAGAACCAUGAAGUCCAAGUCUUCGGCAUGCUGAGAACCUCGGCCACGAGAAACUAUUUCACUCCAGACAAUCACCCGGAAAAGGGGGAAUGGUACUGGGCGGAUGUCCCUGCAAUAGCUGAGCAUGCUGGAGGAGAUAAGGCUCACGUUCAGCCUGUCCUGGUUGAGGAGAUAUUCGAGGGUCAUGGUGGAGAGCAGAUGUCCAGAUUGGCCCAGGGCAUACCUAUUGGGAGAACCCCGACCGUCGAUGUGAGGAACUCGCACGCAUCAUAUGUAGUAACAUGGUAUUCUCUUUCUGCGUUUACUGCUGUUAUGUUUAUCCGCCUUCUACUCAAAAAACGGGCAGCGCGGAUGCGUGUACCUCGAUGAAUGGCACGCAGUAGUUCAUGCAUGCACGUAUCACUCCACUGAUUUAAUAAGAAUGUUCGCGCUCAUCCGUGGACGCUAUGGGCGAGCCUGUUCCAUGAAUAAGGGCUAUCAUAGCGCCAGGCCGCCACGCACGUUGAUGGUUACUCUUCUCUACUAGCCACUUGAGUGAGAAGUUCUUGGCCACCAAAGCCGAAGACCAUUAACCUAAAGGCACUCUUUUAGUAGAAUAUCAUCAUUUAAAUAGUUUUCGCUG